ACUCUCAUCCAAUGCCCUGGUUCCUGCACCUCUUCUGGGAUGAUGGGAAUGUUGUGAGAACUGCUUUUUGGGAGGCAUCUCUGCAUUGUGACCCCUCAACAACAUCUUAGAAGCCCCUUUAAUGUGGAGCAAAGAGUCAGGCUGCCAGCCUAAUGAGUUGGAGGGAGGUGUAUUUUCCUUCCUCUUGCCCUGGCUGGCUGCUUCUCCAAAGGAAGAUGAAAUGGGCAUAAUUUUGGAAUAUGAAAAAAGUGGAGAAAUAAAGACGAAGUCCAUAGACUUGCUAGAUCUCAGCCCUGAUACAGAUGUUGAGGUCUUAGUAGAAGAAAUUCAGAAAGCAGAACCACUCAUCACAGCCUCAAAGACAGACCAAGUCAAAUGCCUGAUACUAAGAUUGCAAGAGAAGCUUGCGCAACAAGACGACCACAGAUUUUACCUCUUUAAGGUCCUGAGAGCACAUAUUCUGCCACUGACUAAUGUCGCAUUUAACAAAUCGGGUUCAAGCUUUAUCACCGGAAGUUAUGACAGAACGUGCAAACUGUGGGACACUGCAUCCGGAGAGGAGCUGCGUACACUGGAGGGACACAGGAAUGUAGUUUAUGCCAUUGCGUUCAAUAACCCUUACGGGGACAAGAUUGCCACCGGAUCCUUUGAUAAGACUGGUAAACUAUGGAGUGCCGAAACGGGAAAAUGUUAUCACACUUUCAGGGGACAUACAGCAGAAAUAGUGUGUUUGUCAUUUAAUCCUCAAAGUACACUGGUAGCAACUGGAAGUAUGGACACUACAGCCAAACUAUGGGCAGUUCAGACCGGAGAGGAAGUGGCUACUUUGACUGGGCACUCAGCAGAAAUCAUUUCAUUGUCAUUUAACACCGCAGGAAAUAGAGUCAUUACCGGUUCCUUUGACCACACUGCUUCAGUGUGGGAUGUUAAUACUGGAAGGAAAGUGCAUACUUUAAUAGGACAUCGUGCUGAGAUCAGUAGCGCUCUGUUCAACUGGGAUUGCUCUCUAAUCGCAACUGGAUCAAUGGACAAAACAUGCAUGCUGUGGGAUGUUGUGAAUGGGAAAAGCGUGGCAACCUUAACAGGUCAUGAUGAUGAAGUGUUAGACGUCUGUUUUGAUUCUACAGGCCAACUAAUUGCUACCGCCUCUGCCGAUGGAAAAGCAAGGGUUUUUAGUGCUGUUACAAAGAAGUGCAUUGCCAAGUUGGAAGGUCAUGAAGGUGAAAUUUCAAAGAUUUGCUUCAAUCCUCAAGGUAGUCGGCUCCUAACAGCCAGCUCUGAUAAAACGGCUAGAAUUUGGGACCCUCAGACGGGACAGUGCCUUCAGGUUCUAGAAGGGCAUACGGAUGAGAUUUUCUCGUGUGCGUUCAACUACCAAGGCGAUAUUAUAAUUACAGGUAGCAAGGAUAACACCUGUAGACUGUGGCGCUGAGAGAAGAACGCAGACUUCUCAAAUAUCAAGAAAGUCUUUUCGAUGCACCUUUUAUUUUCUCUUUUCAGUGUUUCUCCCGAGUAGGUAUUUAGCUUGACAGGUACGACUGUUAAAACUGCUAAAGUAGGUUAGGUGGUUGGCUGAAUAUUAACUGACUGAUAUUGCUAAGAAAAUAAACCAACUAAAUAUUUUGACAGGUAUCAUUUUUCUUUGAAUUAAAAAAAUAAAUACCAAGAGAUUAGAUUAAAAGAAAAAAA